AGCAUGCAGUGCGCGAGCGAAGAUGGCGGAAGGCGGCGCGGCGGAUGUGGAGACGCAGAGAGGAGAGAUCGCGAGCCUCCUGAAGACGCCGCUGCGCAGAGCGGACACCUGGUAUCUGGUGGACAGUCACUGGUUCAAGCAAUGGAAGAAGUACGUGGGCUUCGACAGCUGGGACAAAUACCAGAUGGGCGACCAGAACGUGUAUCCCGGACCCGUCGACAACUCGGGCCUGCUCAAAGAUGGGGACGUGCUGGGCAUCAAGGAGCACCUGAUCGACGAGCUGGACUACAUCCUGCUGCCCGCCGACGGCUGGAACAAGCUGCUGAGCUGGUACGGCCUGAGCCCGGGACAGGAGCCCAUCGCACGCAAGGUGGUGGAGCAGGGCAUGUUCGUCAAACACUGUAAGGUGGAAGUCUACCUCACCGAACUCAAGCUGUGCGAAGACAGCAACAUGGACAACGUCGUCACGCGCCGCUUCAGCAAAGCAGACACUAUAGACACCAUCGAGCGGGAGAUGCGGAAGCUGUUCAGUAUCCCGGACGAGAAGGAGACGCGGCUGUGGAACAAGUACAUGAGCAACACGUUUGAGCCGCUGAAUAAACCCGACAGCACCAUUCAGGACGCCGGACUCUAUCAGGGACAGGUUCUAGUGAUCGAACAGAAGAACGAAGACGGCACGUGGCCUCGCGGAUCUUCGGCGCUCAAGUCAUCUGGUGCUUCCACUCUCUCUGCUUUACCAAAGAUCUGCCCUUCAUCUCUCGCAAACAAUCAUAACAGCAGCUUCGGCGGCCGCAACAUGAAGAACUCCAGCUACAGCCUGCCGUCCUACCCGCCCUACAGCAGCUACGAGUACUCGGAUCAGGGCCGGCGCGCCGAGAAAGCGGGCCUCUGCGGCCUGUCCAACCUGGGAAACACCUGCUUCAUGAACUCGGCCACACAGUGUCUGAGCAACAUCCCUCCUCUGACCGAGUACUUCCUGAAGGACAAGUACCAGGACGAGCUGAACGAGGACAAUCCUCUGGGAAUGAAGGGAGAGAUCGCCAAGGCCUACGCCGAGCUCAUCAAGCAGCUGUGGUCGGGCAAAUACAGCUAUGUCACGCCACGGCCCUUCAAGACUCAGGUGGGUCGAUUCGCGCCUCAGUUUUCGGGCUAUCAGCAGCAGGACUCUCAUGAGCUGCUGGCCUUCCUGCUGGACGGACUCCACGAAGACCUGAACCGCAUCCGGAAAAAGCCCUACAUUCAGCUGAAAGACGCCGACGGCCGACCCGACAAGGUGGUGGCGGAGGAGGCCUGGGAGAACCACAUCAAGAGGAACGACUCCAUCAUCGUCGAUAUAUUUCACGGCUUGUUCAAGUCCACGCUGGUGUGUCCCGUGUGUGCCAAGAUCUCUGUGACCUUUGACCCCUUCUGCUACCUGACGCUGCCUCUGCCCAUGAAGAAGGAGCGAACGCUGGAGGUCUAUCUGGUGUGGCUGGACCCGCUGGCCAAACCCACGCAGUAUAAACUGACGGUGCCUAAAGUGGGCUACAUCUCGGAUCUGUGCGCGUCGCUGUCGGUCCUGUCGGGCGUCCCGGCUGAGAAGAUGAUCGUGACGGACAUCUACAACCACAGGUUCCACCGGAUCUUCGCCAACAACGAGAACCUGAGCAGCAUCAUGGAGCGGGACGACAUCUACGUGUUCGAGGUGGCCGUCAACCGUCUGGAGGACACGGACCACGUGGUGAUUCCCGUUCAUCUGCGAGAGAAGUACAAGCAGUCGGGCUUCAACCAAACCAGCACGCCGCUGUUCGGCCAGCCCUUCCUGCUGAGCGUCCCGCGCACCAUCGGCGAGGACAAGCUCUACAACCUGCUGCUGCUGCGCCUCUGUCGUUUCGUUCGUCCGGCGGUCGAGGACGAGGAGUCGGAGGAGACGUACUCGCCCAAACAUCACUCCAUCAACGGCAACGCCACCAAUGGUAUAACGGAGGAGGGGUCGCCUAGUGAGAUGGAGACGGACGAGCAGGACGACGAGUCCAGUCAGGACCAGGAGCUGCCCUCGGAGAACGACAACAGCCAAUCGGAGGACUCGGUGGGCGGAGACAACGAGCUGGAGAACGGCGUGGUCCCGGAGAACUCCGGCAAAGGCUCGACGCUCACGGCCCAGAAGAAGAGACUGUUCACAUUCCAGUUCAACAACAUGGGCAAGACCGACGCCAACUUCAUCAAGGGAGAGCCGCGGCAGAUCCGCUUCGACGAGGACCACAUGCGCCUCAGCGAUAGAUGCUAUCUGUCCCUGGACUGGGAGCCGGAAAUGAAGAGGAAGUACUUCAAUGAAACCGUGGCCGAGGACUUUGAGAAGCAUGAGAGUAUGGAGUAUAAGCCGCAGAAGAAAAGCUUCUUCAAGCUGAAGGACUGCAUCGAGCUCUUCACCACCAAAGAGAAGCUCGGAGCGGAAGACCCGUGGUACUGUCCCAACUGCAAGCAGCAUCAGCAGGCCACCAAGAAGCUGGACCUGUGGUCUCUGCCGCCGGUGCUGGUGGUGCAUCUCAAGCGCUUCUCCUACAGCCGCUACAUGAGGGACAAACUGGACUCGCUGGUGGACUUCCCUCUGCGCGAUCUGGACAUGUCGGAGUUCCUCAUCAAUCCUAACGCGGGGCCGUGCCGCUACGACCUCAUCGCCGUCUCAAACCACUACGGAGGAAUGGGAGGAGGACACUACACCGCCUACGCCAAGAACAAGGAAGAUGACAAGUGGUACAACUUCGAUGACAGCAGUGUGUCGCCGACCAGCGAGGACCAGAUCGUGUCCAAAGCGGCGUACGUGCUCUUCUACCAGCGGCAGGACACCGUCAAAGGCACGGGCUACUUCGCCCUGGACCGCGAGGCUCCCGCCGAGACGGAGACGCCACGGGACGAGGCCGGCGCCGCCGCCGCUCAGAGCGAGGAGGAGGAGGACGAGGACGAGGAAGACGAGGAUCUGAACGACAACGAGCAGGAGGAAGAGCUCGGCCCCAACCGCGACGUGUCCAUGAGCACCAACUGAGGCGACGGGCGCGCGCACAUCGAAGCCAUAAUACCUGCACUCGACAGACGGCCACGAAUGUACGAGCCGCCCGCCCACGGAGGGAGCCGGCCCGCGCGGACGGACGGACGGACGAGCGCAGGCGGCGUUUCUGCUUGGGUUCUUGUGUUUUCGCAUGAGUGAAGAGUGAGAGGUGCCACACGUUAGCGCGCUUGUUUUGUUUUUGUAUAUAACACUGAUCGGAGGGACGGGAGAGACGUCACGGACUACUGACUGCUCUGUUUUCUUGCACAAUCACCGCGUUAGUUUAGCCGACGCGUCCGUCGGUUUUCUUUCACCUCGGCCUUAACGGGAAUCUGGGACCGUUGCCUUUUCUUCGUCCGUCAGCGGCGGAGCUCACGACGCGGGCGCGCGCGAACGAACGAGGCCGCGGUGGCUUCGGUGAGGCGUUUCCCCGCUUUGCCUUCGGUUUCGACGAAUGUUCUCGCUCGGUUCCUCGCUCUUUCCGCGGGAGGCGACGGCUCGAGCGACUGACUGCUUAGGUUUAUAAAUACUGUACAUAAGAGUUCACUCUGUGAGUGCACAUUUGAUAAAUCUAUUUAUUUAUACGGAAGGCAGAACGCGGAGUGAACGCGGCUUCGGUCGAGGACUUCUUGCCAAAACUGGAUCCGUCUACGGGACGCCGAGCCGCCAGGUGGGUUUUUGUAAAUGGAACGGACGUCCUUGCAUGAUUCGGGGAUUUCCUUUAGCUGCACUUGAGUUCACUUUGGUUUACAUUGGAAAUGUGCAUGUGUAUUUAUAUACGGACUUCAAUAAAUUUGACUAAAGUCUG